AUGCAAGAAUCUCAGGCAGAUGAAACAUAUUUAGAGCUAGCCAGUCAAAAUAAAGAAUACAUUGCGACUUUUGAUAAUAUAUAUCAGCUUAAAUCUAACGAAAUCGAUGAAAUAAACAAGAUUUAUCAAGAUAUCAAGUCAAUUUUAAUUGAUAGAUACCAUUUUGACCCGGAAACAAUUUUGAAACACAUAGAUAAUGCAUUUACAUUUCAUUUAUUCAAUUAUAAGCCAUACUGGGCACUAAUCAAAAAAAUAGAUGAUGAAUACAAACCAUUUACUGAUAGAUUAUCACCAUUUUGCCAAUAUUUAUUUAAUAAAGCUUAUGGAUUAUUGAUUUCAGACUAUAAUAAAAACAGAAUUCGUGUUUUUGAAAAAUUUUAUGGAGAUUUAGAUUUCAGCAAAUCGAAUCCAUUAUUUCGAAGCAUUUUGUAUGAUGACAUUUCUGAAUUCAGUAGAUUGACAGAAAUUCCUGGUUUUUAUGCAAAUGAAAUGAUUGAAUGUCCAUUUUUACAUGAAGUUAAUGGUAAAAUAAGUUUAAUUGAAUUAUGUUGCUAUUUUGGAUCUGUUAAUUGCUUUAAAAUAUUAAGAUCGAAAUUCAAUAGUUUUAUUACACCGAAUUGUUUGAAUUAUUCAUUUCUAAAUGCAAAUCCAGAUAUAGUUAAAGAAUGUUUAGCAUUCCAAAAACCAAAUGGAGAUUCACUGAGUUUUUCAAUCAUUUCGCAUAACAUUGAUAUUUUUAUUUAUAUAUUAAAUGAAUGCAAUUUCAAAAUUCCAUAUCAAAAAUGUGUUGAAUAUCAAAAUCUUCAAUCUUUUCUUAUUGGAAUAGAUAGAGAUAAAUACAAUAAUAAUGACUUUCUUUACUUUUCGUGUGGUUUUAAUAUACCUUCUCUUUGUAACUUUUUUAUAUCUCGUGGAAAUGAUGUCAACAAAAAAACAUAUAAUGGAGAGAGUUCUAUUUAUUGUGCAGUUAAAAAUAAUAAUUGCGAUGUUGUUAAAACUCUUAUUGAUCAUGAUUCCAAAGUAAAUGUAGAUUCAUUAUUGGAUAAUUCACCACUUCAUUAUGCUGUUCAAUUUAACAGUAUCAAAAUUGUUGAACUUUUACUUUCAAAAGGUGCAGAUCCAAAUGCAAAAAAUCGAUUUACUGAAACACCAAUUUUCUGGUCAGCCAAAAGAAAUGAUAUUGAAUCUAUUAAACUUCUUUUGAAAUAUGGUGCCGACAUUAAUUGGAGAGAUGUAUGUGGUAGUAAUGUUCUUUUUCAAAUGCAGUACUUAAACAAAGAAACAUUAGAAUUUCUUAUUGAUAACGGAGCUGAUGUCAAUUGCACAAAAAUUGAUAAAGGAACUCUUCUUCAUGAAGCUGCUAUGUUUAAUUUAAGAGAUAUAGCCGAAACACUAUGUUCACAUGGUUUGAAAAUUAAUUCAAGAGAUAAAUAUGGUGCUACUCCUCUUCAUAUUGCAUCUAUUAAUAAUUCACUCGAAACUGCUAAAUUAUUGCUUGAAAAUGGAGCAGAUAUCAAUGAAAAAACUAACAAUUCAAACACAGCUUUAAUUCUGGCUACAAUCAAUGAUCAUCCAGAAAUUGCAGAACUAUUACUUAAUCAUGGGGCAGAUAUAAAUGACAAAGAUGGUUAUGGUUACAGUGUUGUUUCGAUUUGUGUUAAUCGAAAGAAAUGUAAAAUGCUAGAAUUUCUUAAAUCUCAUGGUUUCAUUUAA